AUGUACAUAGAUUCUGUUGCCAAUCAAAUCGAUCGGGAAAAGGCGAUAGGAGGGCCAAAGUUGAUCGUCCGAUAUUGUAGCACUUGGUUGCACACAAAGGGUUUAACAAACGGUGAAGCCUGGAGCGGAUGGCUUCUGGAUGGAGGGACAUGGCCGAUUGCAGAUUAUCUCCGUAAUAGCAGCAAGUCACUAGAACUUCCCCGCUUUCCAGACACACUGGAGAAAGGAUUGGGCGACGCCGUGGAUGGCCAAGUCGCUCAUGUCUCGCAUCAGUGGAGUGAGCAGGCGCGAGGCGCUGUCCGCGGCUCUCAGUUGGAGACGCGGCGUUCCGGAGAUGGCGAGGCACAGCGAAUGGGUGGCAUCACGGACACGUUAAUGUGA